UUACAAGACGGAUUUGCAUUGGAUUUUGAUAAGUUCAACAAUAUGGUCUAUAGUGAUGGACGAUCUGUACUAAAGUUAAUCAAGUAAAAAUCUACGUAUUAAUUGUGAUAUGCAAUUUUAUCUUUUGAAUGAACGUUAUAAAAGCCCAUAGUUCAUAGAAUAAAGCCAUAUAGCCGGCUUAGAAAUGCUGUUGAUAGUGUCCACGUUUUGUGUAUUAUUGGCAUCAGUUGGUGGGUCACCAAAUGCUAAAUUUGUUGAAGAAUUAGUGAAAAACAAUGUUUUUGGAAGCGUAUCAAGCGGAAUUCUUGAAGAUGCCAGAUUAGAUGUGCCCCAAUUAGUUAGAAAGUAUAAGUACCCCUUAGAAGAACACCAUGUGAUAACUCCAGAUGGAUAUAUAUUAACCUUACAUCGUAUCCCUCAUGGGCGCGACAGUAAUACGCAAUCUGGUAACAAACCAGCAGUGUUUGUUAUGCAUGGAGUACUUUGCUCCUCAGCUGACUGGGUACUCACUGGACCUGACGUUGGACUAGGAUAUAUUCUCGCAGAGGAGGGUUUUGAUGUAUGGCUAGGCAAUAACCGAGGAAACUACUAUUCAAGGAGGCACUUGCUCCUAGAUCCUAAUGACACUAACAGUACCGCUUUUUGGAAGUUUUCUCUUGAUGAAAUGGGUAACGUGGAUUUAAGUUCGUCAAUUGAUUAUAUUCUGCGAAUAACACGUAGGCCCAACCUUCACUACAUUGGAAUGUCACAAGGCACUACCAUUUACUUUGUAUUAGGAUCACUUCGACCUGAUUUCAGCGAAAAGAUUGCCUCAGCUCACAUGUUAGCCCCUGUUGUAUUUAACACUGGAAACGGAAGCCCUCUUAUGGAUACUGUAGCACCCAUUGUUGCAGCCGUUGUGUCGUGGGCAACCGAGAAUGGAUUCGGUGAAAUAUUCCCAAAGAGUGAUUUUUUCGCAGACAUUGGACGUAGAUAUUGUAGGGACGGAGUUCCAACCCAAAGCCUUUGCACUAUGGUACUCUUUAUGCUGGGUGGCUGGAGCGAAAGUCAACACAAUGCGACCCUUUUGCCUGUUAAAUUAGCCCAUACACCAGCCGGCUCCGGCUUGAGACAAUUCGCACACUUGACUCAGAAUAUGGCCUCAAAGAAAUUCCGCAGAUACGAUUAUGGCCCAAUUCAGAACAUACUGCGCUACGGCCAAACUCAACCGCCAGAAUACAAUUUGCUUAACAUUAAAAACCCUGUCUUUCUACAUUAUUCUGAUGGUGAUACUAGAACAAAUGAAAUUGACAUUAAUCUGUUAUACGACUCGCUUGAUACGACCAAAGAAUUAAUCCGUGUGCCAGAUGGUAACUUCAGUCACAUUGAUUUCAUGUGGGGCAAAAAUGCUAAAACUGUUCUAUAUGAUAGAGUAAUAAGUGAAAUAAGAAAGAUUGAAAGUUCUCGAAAAUAAUAUAAACCUAAAUUG